AUGUCAUUGGCGCAAUCGCUGCACUUCGAGCUCAGUACUCCCGCAUCGGAGACGCCUCCGAUUGUGGCGAGCGCAGCUCAACAGACCAGGCCAGAGCUGACCUCCAGCUCAAAAACUUCGGUCGCUGUCCAAACAGACGAACCUCCAGCUCCAGACUCUGGUCAGCAAGUCUUUGAAAGUGCUUCCUUGACGGUCAUCAAUAAGCCUCGGCGGCUGGCUGUCACGGCGCUGAUUAUUCUGGCCAAUCUGGUCCAGAUGACAGUCAAUUUCUCUGGUAUUGCGGGGGGAAGUAAACUCACUGAGUCGAUGGGGGUCAAGGACUCUUAUGCAUCGUGGAUCGGUGCCAGCUAUGCACUAACGCAGGGCACGUUCGUGUUAAUGAGCGGUCGCCUGGGCGAUGUAUUCGGACAUCGUCGACUCCUCAUCCUCGGCGGUAUCUGGCUAGCCGUGUGUACAUUGAUCAGCGCGUUCUGCAAUAACUUCUUCGCGUUCGUCUGCAUGCGAGCCUUAUCCGGUGUUGGCGGCGCCGCGAUCAUGCCGAACGCGGUCGCAAUGAUCGCGACGACCAAUCCGCCUGGAAAGGUUCGGAAUCUCAGUCUGGGGUUGUUUGGUGCGAGUGCACCGAUGGGAGGAUACUUUGGAGCGUUGUUUCUGGGCGCCUUCCUCGAGAAGACGGAGUGGAAGUGGUUUUUCGUCUUCAUAGCAUGUCUUAACGCUACCAUCUUCGUUCCCCUGUGGGCUCUGACUCCUAAAGAAGUCGCCGUGGACCGACACGGCAAAAUCGACUGGAUCGGUUCGGCACUGGGAACCGGCUCGCUGAUUCUCUUCAACUUCGUCUGGAACCAAGCACCCAGCGUCGGCUGGCAAACACCCUACGAAAUCGCCCUCCUCAUCAUCUCCAUCCUCCUCUUCGCCGGCUUCCUCAUCUGGGAACGCAACUUCACCCCCCACCCAAUCAUGCCCCUCGACAUCUUCAAAGCCCCCUGCUUCCUGACUCUCCUCUUCGUCGUCCUCCUAAACUACAUGGCCGUCGGCACGCUUAUCUGGUACCAAGUCCUCUGGCUCCUCGAAGUCUGGAACUGGUCGCCCCUUGAAUUCGCCGUCGGCUGGACCCCCUUCGUCAUCUGCGCUACUGGCGCCGCUUGUCUCGCUGCAUGGUUGAUUCCAAGACUCGCGGCGCAAUGGAUCCUCGCUAUCGGGACAAUUACCAUCCUCGUCUCGAACGUGCUCAUGGCUACCGUGCCCCUUCGCCAAACUUACUGGGCACAGGUCUUCCCCAGCGUGGUGCUUUUCUCGUUCUGUCCGGAUCUAGUCUAUACAGCGGGCCAAAUCAUCGCGAGUAACUCCGUGCGACGCAAUCAGCAGGGCAUUGCCGGUUCAAUCAUCGGGACUCUCAACCUGUACGGAAAUAGUCUUGGCUUGGGCUUUGCGUCGACGAUUGAGACGCAGAUCGCGAAGACGGCGGGUCGGAUUUGGGGGUAUCGCGCGGCGUUGUAUUUCGGGGUGGGCAUUAGUGUGGUGGCGUUGGUGCUGGAUGUCUUUUUUGUGAGGAUGGUUAAGGAUGAGAGGGAGGGGUGGCAGGGGGAUGAUGCGCAUUUGGUGGAUGUUGAUGGGCUGGAGCUGUCCGGGCAGGCUGCGGGGACUACUGGGGCGGAGAUUCCGGGGGUUUUGGAGAGGGGAUAG